AGAGCCAAAUGCUUAUAUUCUGGCCAAGUUAUGAGCCUCUGAGGGGAAGACAGUUAACCCCAUCGGCCCUAGCAGAAUUAGCUCUUUCUCUUUUGGUUCGCACAGCCUGGAAAGCACAGAGCGUCCUCGUCCUCAGAGAGAGAGGCCCGCCUGCUGGGGGAAUGCAGAAAUCUGCAGCAAAAACAAUGACAGUCUGAAAUCCUCCCUGGUGCCAAGCUCCCAAUUCUCGUCUGUCACUUCAGCCCCUAGGUAGCUGACAGAACAGCAAAAUUUCAACUCCAACAGAUUUGAAAGUGCUUCUGGGCAAAGCAGCAGAGCUAGAGCUAAAGAGAGCAGGGAUUUAGAGUUUCCCUUGGGUAGUUGUCAAACUUGUAUUUCCUGGCUGUGGGCACAGAAGGCAACCAACCUCAAUUUUCUACUAAGGCUUUGGGUCCAGCCACCUAACUGAAGGGCUAGAAAACAUGAAGACUGUGAUAGUUUUCCUAUACAUCUUGGGCGCUGUGGCUGCAAUCCCGACAAAUGCAAGGUUCUUCUCUGAUCAUUCCAAACCAACUGCCGGUUCUUUGAGUUCCAUCCAGCAGGCUGAAGCUUCAGUAACACCUGACAACACUGCAAUUCCUAUUGUAGGGAUUGAAGAUUCGGAAAAUGAAAAAGAAACUGCAGUGCCUAUAGAAGACCGUCCCAACUAUGAGGCUGAAAAAUCUUCAAUACUAAACUCAAAAGAGGAAAACCAUGAACAAUCAGAAGAUCAGGAUCAGAAUUACAGUGAAGAGCUGGGACUGAAAGAUGAAGAGGACAGUGAUGGUAGCUUAGGUGUGAAUUUGGAACACAAACCAACUGAAGGAACACUGGACCUAAAAGAAAAUAUGACUGUUCCUCAAAAGAAAAAUCUCCCAGAGAACACUGACUUCCUUGCUCCUGAUAUUAGUUCCACUGGGGAUUAUAGCCAACAAGAAAGUAUCACAGAGAAAGAGCAAAAUCAAGAUCAUCAGUUGAACAGGAGCAGCAAACAUAGCCAAGACCUAAGUGACCAAGGAAAUCAAGAGCAGAAUCCAAAUAUUUUCAAAGGGGAAGAGGCAGAAGAGCCAAGUGAAGUUGAUACUCACAACGAUAACCAAGAAACGGAGGAAGAAUUUCCCAAGGAACAUUCUAACAGCGAUCAGGAAGAAGACAGCACCCAGCCUGAUGAUAUUUUAGAACAGCCCAGUCAACUAACUCAAGUUAGCAAGAUGCAGAAGGAAGAAUUUGAGCAGGGUAACCAAGAACAGGAAGAGGAUAAUUCCAAAGCAGAAAUGGAAGAGGAAAACACAUCAAAAAUCAGUAAGCAUAUUCAAGAUACUGAAUGGCAGAGCCAAGAGGGAAAAGCUGGCCUUGAAAUUAUCAGCACCCACAAGGAGAUGGAUAAAAAGACUGUUCCUGAAACUUUGGUCGUGGAGCCUACUGAUGAUGGUAACACCAUGCCCAGAAAUCAUGAAGCUGAGGAUGGUGGUGAUGGCCCCAGGCACAACCCUGGUGAUGACUACUUCAUCCCAAGCCAGGCCUUCCUGGAGAGUGAAAGAGCUCAAUCCAAUUACUAUCACAUCAACAACGAAGAGCCAAAAGAAGCACAUGAGAAUGAGAGUGUCGAUAGGAGUGGACCUGGAGAAUCCCAGGGGGCCAAGAAAGCGGAGAGCUCACCUAAUGACGAUGAGAGUUCAAGUGAAGAUAACGUGAGGGUGGAGAGUGUUGAUUCUUGCAUGGGUUUCCAGUGUAAAAGAGGACACGUUUGUAAGGCUGACCUACAGGGAAAACCCCACUGUGUUUGCCAAGAUCCAGUGACUUGUCCUCCUACAAAACUGCUUGACCAAGUUUGUGGCACUGACAAUCAGACCUAUGCUAGCUCCUGUCAUCUGUUUGCUACCAAGUGCAGACUGGAAGGAACCAAAAAGGGGCACCAACUGCAACUGGAUUAUUUUGGAGCCUGCAAAUCUAUUCCUGUUUGCACGGACUUUGAAGUGAAUCAGUUUCCUCUACGGAUGAGAGACUGGCUCAAGAAUAUCCUCAUACAGCUUUAUGAACAUAACCCUGAACAUGCUGGAUAUCUAAAUGAGAAGCAGAGGAAUAAAGUCAAGAAAAUUUACCUGGAUGAAAAGAGGCUCCUGGCUGGGGACCAUCCUAUUGACCUUCUCUUAAGAGACUUUAAGAAAAACUACCACAUGUAUGUGUAUCCUGUGCACUGGCAAUUCAGUGAACUUGACCAACAUCCCAUGGAUAGAAUCUUGACACAUUCAGAGCUUGCACCUUUGCGAGCAUCUCUGGUGCCCAUGGAACACUGCAUAACUCGCUUCUUUGAGGAGUGUGACCCCAACAAGGAUAAGCACAUCACCCUGAAGGAGUGGGGCCACUGCUUUGGAAUUAAAGAAGAAGACAUAGAUGAAAAUCUCCUGUUUUGAAUUAAGAUUUGAAAGAAUUCAAACUUUCCUGCAUCCUCCGCUGUCCUGACCACUUCUGAAAUAUAUGCAACCAUGACACUUGUAGAUUUAUAUUUAGCAAAUAUUUGCAUGGUUAAGAAGACAGUGAGAGUAAUUGCUUGACGACAGUAUAUACAGAAGGCAUUUAACAUUAACUUCGGGUAUAAAACUUUAAAACUAAAUAAAGUCAUUAUAUGCAAAAUAUUAUAUACUGUUUGAUUGUGAACAGGAGUUUUACUCAUAGUGAUUUUACUCUCUGAAUCAGUGUAUGAGAUAAUUACUAAUUAUAAAUCAAAAAAUUAAUGCAUUUAUAUUGCUCAUGAUAUGCACACUUGGAGAGAAGAGAAUAAUGUUCUUUUGUGGUUACUGUGUAUUAUUUUUGAUGUCUUAAUAUCCUAAUAAAGAGUCCAUAAAAAUCCAAAUGCUUACCUAUGUUUAUUUUCAGUCAUUUAUUUA